AUGAAAACCACUAUGAGGGCUGUUGCGUACUCGCUCUUCCUUAUUGGGGGCGUUGCAGCUCAAAGCUGUACAAGCUUCCCAGUCAUUGAUCUUGGCUAUGCAAGACAUGCACCUACCCAAACGAACCAGACCGCUCUUCACAAUAUAUCGUAUGCGACAUAUGCAAACAUCAGAUUCGCCCAACCUCCUGUCGGCGACCUGCGAUUCCGAGCUCCUCAGACGCCUCCUCCAACAUCCGCCGGUAUCCAGAAUGGAAGCUAUCCGCGUAAUGCUACAGAUUGUCUGAAUUCCAUUCCACCAUAUCUGGCUAUCGCACCGGGUUUGGAAGGUGUGUCAUGGGGCAGUGAAGACUGUCUCUUUCUCACCGUCAAAGUUCCCGAGGGUAUAGAAGGGGGCAAUGUACCCGUCGUCCACUGGUUGUACGGUGGAGGUUAUGUCUUCGGUAGUAGCAAUGACUGGGCAGGUAACCCAGCUGCGCUCUUCGAAGACAUGGCCCCUGAUGAAAAAUUCAUUGUGGUGAGCUCCAACUAUAGACUUGGUGCUCUGGGGUGGAUGUCCUCAGAAGGGGUGGAUAUGACUCCUAACGCAGGCCUCUGGGAUGCUCUGGUCGCUCUGCAGUGGACCCAAAACUACAUCAGCUACUUUGGCGGAGACCCGGAUCGCAUCACAGUCAUUGGUGAAAGUGCCGGGGCGGGGAUGGCCAGUCAUUUACUCACUCUUCGAGGGGGAAACGGUACGGUUCCAUUCAAUCAGGCCAUCUUGACAUCUCCCGGAUAUCGACCCCAUGUCAAUCGAUCAGCAGACAUGACGGGUAUAUACCAUCUGUUUCUAAAUGCGACCAAUUGUUCUGACAUUUCAUGUCUUCGCGGUUUGCCAACGGACGCCACUGCAGCCGCCAAUCGAGAUCUGUUGUUUAAUGUACCGUCUUCUGGUUGGCUGGGCCCGUUAAUCGGAUACGGUCCUAUAGUCGAUGGCGAUUUGGUGCCAGAUGUACCAGAUCGGUUACUUGCGCAAGGAAAAUAUCACACAUCGGUUGAGAAGGUCAUGACUGCGAACAUGGCAAGAGACGGACAGUAUUCUACAUCGUCCCACGCAACGAGUUGGGAAGACUUCCUGCCAAUAUUCAUGACAAGCCCGACGCAGGAAACUAUCAUGACAGUCAAUGCGACUUGGUCCAACCUGACAGGCCUGGCCCUAGACACCUUUGCCCAAGAUGCCAUCUAUGCGUGCCACGCUUUUUGGAUUGCUCAAACGUGGGGAGUUAAUGCAUAUCGAUACUCCAUGUCCAUCCCGCCAGCGAACCACGGGCAGGAUCAGUUUUACUACUUCCACAUGGAAGGCGCCGCAGCGACAGCUGGUCCGAAAGCCUCUCAAAUCGCCCGCCGGAUGCAGAAAUAUUUCCGGACAUUCAUCCUAGAAGGCCGGAUCGGUGGUGGAGAAUGCGCAGGACAGAACGAGACUGGCGUAGCGGUGCCGACGCACUGGCCCUCGUAUGGCAUGGAGUUGGAAAGGUGGAUGAAUAUCACAGAAGAUGGAUUCCAGCUGGUGGAUGGUGAAGCGGAUCAGGCGAACAGGUGUCAAGUUUUGUUGGACUUGAUCGAUGAUCCUAGAAAUGGGUUUUAG